UGUGUGAGUGGUUGUGUUUAUAUAUGUGUGUACAUGCAGGUCUCUUCAUUUGUUGUGUGUGUGUAUAUAGAUACACACACACACACACUUAUACCUCCUUACCUGUGAGUAUGCCUGAAUGUGUGUAUAUAGUAACGUGUGUGUGUGUGGUUGUGUUUAUGUUUAUGUCUCUGUGUGUGUGUGCUUGGAGGUUUCCAACUUGGGGUGUAUAUGUGUGUGUUUAUAUAUAUGCAUAUACACACACAUACACUGCCUACUUGCCUGUGAGUCUGCUUGUAUGUACGUACUAUGUAUAUAGUAUGAACGCAUGCUUGCAUGGGUAUAGAAACAUGUGUCAGUGGUUGUGUCUGUGUGUACUUGGAGGUCUCUAACUUGCUGUGUGUGCGCAUACAGUGGAUUUCCAUUCACAUUGUUCAUCGCUGCGUUUGUGGAGGGAAUCUUUUUAAAGCAAACCUAAAGUAAUAGUCAGCUCUAAAUGCAUCUUUUCUUCCUGUUCCAGGCCAUAGACCCAACAGACCGGCUCCAAGGGACCAUGGCCAUCUAUUGCUAUAAAGCUUUCCGCGCAGUCGCUAGGUCCAGGGGACCUCAUCUGCUUGUCCACUCCAGCUGCUCCCCAUUUUCCCCGCUGGUUGCAUUUGUACAGCUAGUGGAUUCCCACUUUAACAGCACACCUCUGAAGGACUCUGUGAGCCAGCAGCUUUUCUUCAACACACAGCAAGGCAUUGCGCUACCUCACUUGAGAACUAAAUCUGUGCGUAUGCUACACACAUCGGCUUAUUGGCACCAAGAGCUUCAGGACAAGCCUCCGCCUAACCAAAGCACUGCCAAAACAGACAAUGAGGCAGCCAAGAUUCCAGCGGAUCAAGCUGUGCAGGUUGCCAAGAAAUCACUGCGACAGAGGAUUGUAGAUGAAGUGAAACACUAUUACAAUGGAUUCCACUUGCUUUGGAUAGACACUAAAGUUGCUGCUAGGAUGGUAUGGAGACUGUUACAUGGGCAGAUCCUCACCAGGAGGGAAAGACGACGGCUGAUGAGAACAUCUGCGGAUCUCUUCCGGCUGGUCCCCUUCUUGGUGUUCAUCAUUGUACCUUUUAUGGAAUUCCUGUUACCAGUAUUUCUGAAACUGUUUCCUGAGAUGCUUCCCUCAACAUUUGAAACUGAAUCCAAAAAGGAAGAAAAGCAAAGGAAGAAACUGAGUGCGAAGUUGGAACUGGCCAAAUUCUUACAGGAGACCAUUGCAGAGUUGGCUAGAAGGAACAAAGCCAGUACAACAGACGCUACUCAGCAGUUCUCUUCAUAUGUUCAAAGGGUUCGGCACAGCGGCCAACAGCCCAGCACCAAGGAGAUUGUACAGUUUUCCAAGCUCUUUGAAGAUGAGCUGACCCUGGAACACUUGGAGAGACCACAGCUGGUCAUCCUCUGCAAACUGCUUGAGCUACAACCCAUUGGCACCAAUAACCUCCUCCGAUUCCAGCUUUUGAUGAAGCUCAGGUCUAUCAAAACAGAUGAUGAAAUGAUUUCCAGGGAAGGUGUUAAUGGCUUGAGCGUGUCUGAGCUGCAAGGCGCAUGCAGGACAAGAGGGAUGAGAUCGUUGGGCCUUACGGAGGAGCAGCUGAAAGAGCAACUCAACCAGUGGCUAGAUCUGCAUCUUCGAGAGAACGUUCCUCCUUCUUUGUUGCUGCUUUCCCGUGCCUUGUACUUGACAGAGGUGAAGCCCAAACCAAUUCCAGUGAUUCCAGCAGCUGAGCCUCUGAAGACUGAAGAAGUAGAUGUUGAAGAUCAUGAAACCUUGUUGGAUUCUGCUCCCAAAGUGCAGGAAAGAAAGAGUGAAGAAUUUAUUGUGCAGCCCAAAGAGAAAUUACCAGUCCCUGAGGUAUCAGUCAAGCCUCCUGGAAGUGAGACAAAAUUAGAAGCCUCUCAGAGCAGCAAAGCCAGUGCUAAUGGAGUCUAGCUCUUCUCCCAGCAUGGACCUGGGCAGUGGAAAAAACAGUUCCACUUUGAACCUGAUUGGGGUUCGCAGAGGAUGGACAUUCCUUGUGGAGGAGCCCCUUUCCACGCACAGUUUUCCUAACCCCCUGAACUGCUCCAAUAUGAUCUGGAUGGUUUUAUCCACAUGUAAACCAGACGGAAAGCACCUUGCGUAUAGUGGCAACUUCUCCAUUUAUUUUACCUUGUGUAAUGUAACUUAUUUUUGUAGAUAUGUACAUAAUCUAUGACCAAGAUGUACUGUAACUUAGGCAAUAUUGUCAGACGUUAAGAUUUGUAUUUCCUUAAAUUUUUAGUAAAGCAGUGAUUUAUUCUUAA